GCCAUUCAAUAACGAACCCCAGCCAGCAGAGUCCGUCCCUUGGUUGCUGGCUAAUUCCCUCCUCGCCAGGAAACCCUUCUCCACCACCGUCGCAUCAUCCAUCCCAUGAUUCCCAUCGAUCUCCAACGCACUCCAUAUUCAUUAUACCCUCCUCGCUUGUUAUAUACGCCCCCGAAUCCCCUCCUUUCUCUGACGACUAAUUACCUCAAAUCCAUCCAUACAUCCCCGUUACAUACGUGUACGGCCCCGGGAAUCCUAGCUCGUCCGAUGGCGGGCGACGAGGCGGUGGCGCAGCAGCCGCGCAAAGGCGGCACGGGGACUACGGCGGCUCAGGCUCAGGCACCGGCGGCGCCGGGGGAGGCGCAGCAGGCGGGGCUUCGGUGCCCGCGCUGCGACUCGCCCAACACCAAGUUCUGCUACUACAACAACUACUCGCUCUCGCAGCCGCGGCACUUCUGCAAGACGUGCCGGAGGUACUGGACCAAAGGCGGCGCCCUCCGCAACGUCCCCGUCGGUGGCGGCUGCCGCAAGAACAAGCGCUCCCGCUCCUCCUCCGCUUCUUCCGCUGCUGCUGCUUCCUCCCGCCUCUCCCUCAACCUCCCCGGCCCCGACCACCAACACCAGCAAGCCGACCUGCAGCAGCAGCAGCAGCACGCGGCCGUCAGGAUGGGCGGCGGCUUCCGUGGCGUCGUCGACUUCCACUCCGGAAGCAUGCUGCCGGGCCCGACGUCCGCCGUCGUCAGCCACGGCCAGUACGUGCCGUUCGGGGAAUGGCCGGCGCCGGGGGCGGACGUUAACAACAACAUUAGCCACGGGAUGAGCGGCGGCGGCGGCGGCGGCAGCAGCAUCGCGUCGUCGAUCGAGUCGCUGAGCUACAUAAACCAGGACCUGCACUGGAAGCUGCAGCAGCAGCGGGUGGCCACCAUGUUCCUCGGGCCCCCGAUCGCCGCCGACGCGCAAGCUCACCAUCAUCAUCAGUUCGGAGCAGGCGCCGCCUUUCUGCAGAUGGAGACGACGACGGCCGUGCCCGCGGCGGCCACGUCUUGGUUCAUGGACAGCUCCUCCUCCUACGCGCCCGCGCCGCUGCAGCCUAAUUCUUCUUCCUCGCCCUGCAGGCCGCCCGCUGCCGCUAGCUGCAGCAACAUCAACAGCGGCAGGAGUACUAGCGGCGGCGGCGGCGGGGGUGACGUCGACAACGCCACGUCCAACAACAACAACUGCGGCGGCAGCGACAUCCCGUCCUGGGGCGACAUUUCCACCUUCGCCAUGCUGCCCUAGGGGCGAUCGAACUUAAUUCCAAGUGCAUGCUAAUUAUCUAAUUCCGAAGGAAUUCAGCUUAAUUCAGGGGCUAAUUUGUUUAUCAGUACUGCUACUAUCAGUUAAUUAACGUACUCUAGUGUCUAACUGGGUUGAGAUAUACUUAUAUCGAUCGAUUCGUAUUGUUAAGUGAUAGUAAUACUUGUCACAGACAUCCUAUCCUAAUCAAACAAUCCAUGUAUCAUGUCAUGUUAUCUUCUUUUCUUCAUUCCAUUUGCUUUGUUUACUUUUCCGCUUUCGUUUAUUCCAUGUCCAUGCAUGCAUGGGUAUGUUGUAUCUACAGUCAUGGCGAAUCCAAUUAAUCAUUUUCGAUC